CAGUCACAGUGCAUGUUUUACUUCCGUCGAGUGCGCACCCUGUCCGACGGCGUCCAUGCGUAUCGCAAUCACAACGACGGUAGCAUUCGUGUACCGAUCGUAGACCCGUUACAAUAUAUUAUUAAUACUCGUCUAGUGCCGUCAUUCGAUUCGGCGUUACAGACUAAAACAGUAAUAAUAUUAUUUUUACAUUUCGUUUUAAGACGCACACAUACGAGACCACACGCAACAUACGUACCCGCGACGACGGUGACGCCGACCCAAAAUACGGUUAAAUGGCCACAAUAGAUGGGCGGCCCGCCCAAUAUGGAGUUACACUUCAAGAAUUACAAGAGCUUAUGAGCUGUAGUAGAAAUGAGGAAGGUGUGGCUAAACUAACCAAACUGGGUGGCGUUCAUAGUAUUUGCACGAAACUCUACACUUCACCUAGUGAAGGAUUAAGUGGAUCUACAGCUGAUCUAGAGCACAGGAAAGCGACGUUUUCCUCAAAUACCAUACCCACUAAACCUGCAAAGACGUUCAUGCAACUCGUAUGGGAAGCUUUGCAUGAUGUCACUCUAAUUAUUUUAGAAAUUGCUGCUCUCGUAUCAUUGGGAUUAUCACUUUACAAACCUGCUGACGAAGAAUCAAUUGAUGUAGAGAACGAUGAAGUAAAACAUGGAUGGAUUGAAGGAUUAGCCAUAUUAAUAUCCGUCGUAGUGGUCGUUAUUGUAACAGCGUUUAAUGAUUAUACGAAAGAAAAACAGUUCCGUGGUCUUCAAAACCGUAUCGAAGGUGAACACAAAUUUAAUGUCAUCAGACAGGGCGAACUGCGACAAAUUUCCGUAGAAGAAAUAGUAGUUGGUGACAUUUGCCAGAUUAAAUACGGAGAUUUGCUACCAGCCGAUGGUGUGCUAAUUCAAAGUAACGAUUUGAAAGUUGAUGAAUCUUCUUUAACUGGUGAGUCGGACUCCGUCAAAAAAGGAGAACCAUUCGAUCCCAUGGUCUUAUCAGGAACCCAUGUAAUGGAAGGCAGCGGAAAAAUGUUGGUCACUGCAGUGGGUAUAAAUUCUCAGUCUGGAAUAAUUUUCACACUCUUAGGCGCGGCUGUAAAUCAACAACACGAAGAAAUUAAGAAACAAUGGAAAAAAGCCAAAAAAUUGAAGACAAAGAAGAGCUUAACUAAUGAAGUACCACCUAAUAUCAACAGCAAUGCCACUGAUAUCAGUAUGAAACUAAUUGGUAAGGGAGGUGAAACAGAUGAAAAUGGUGCUGGAGAUGGAGGACAAUCUGGCGAGUCAGAAGAACCAGCAAAAAAAGACAAGUCCGUGUUGCAAGCUAAACUCACAAAGUUGGCCAUUCAAAUUGGAUAUGCUGGAUCAACGAUCGCUGUACUCACUGUGCUUAUAUUAGUAAUUCAAUUUUGUAUCCAUACAUUUGUCAUACAACAAAAACAGUGGAAAAAUCACUACGUUGGUGAAUUUGUUCGCCACCUUAUUAUUGGUGUCGCUGUCUUGGUGGUGGCUGUUCCUGAAGGACUUCCUCUCGCUGUUACUCUGUCUUUGGCAUACUCAGUCAAGAAAAUGAUGAAAGAUAACAAUUUGGUUAGACAUUUGGACGCUUGUGAAACUAUGGGUAAUGCUACUGUCAUUUGUUCUGAUAAGACCGGUACAUUAACAACAAACCGAAUGACAGUUGUCCAGUCUUACAUCUGUGAAGUUCUUAGUAAAACAGUGCCUCAAUUUGCAUCGAUACCAUCGAAUGUUGGAAACUUAUUAAUGGAAGCAAUAUCUAUUAAUUCAGCUUACACGUCUAAAAUUAUGCCACCCGACGAUCCAACCAGUGAACUACCUAAUCAAGUCGGUAACAAAACUGAGUGUGCACUUCUAGGAUUUAUUCUUGCUCUUGGUAAAAAUUAUCAAACAUGGCGGGACGAUAUACCCGAAGAAAUGUUAACACAUGUAUAUACAUUUAACUCUGUACGGAAGUCCAUGAGUACAGUCAUUCCAAGAGAAGGCGGUGGUUACAGAUUAUUUACUAAAGGUGCCUCCGAAAUCGUAAUCAAAAAAUGUUCGUAUAUCUAUGGUCGUGAUGGUCAAUUGGAGAAAUUCACAUGUGAAAUGCAAGACCGUUUGUUGAGAAAUGUCAUUGAACCCAUGGGUUCUAAUGGUCUUCGUACUAUUUCUGUUGCGUUCAAAGAUUUCAUACCAGGAAAAACCGAUUCACCCAACCAAGUGCAUUAUGAAGGUGAACCUGAUUGGGAAUCUGAAGAAAAUAUAGUGUGCGACCUCACUGCACUGUGUGUUGUAGGAAUUGAAGAUCCCGUUCGACCGGAGGUGCCUGAAGCUAUAAGAAAAUGUCAGCGAGCAGGUAUUACUGUGCGUAUGGUUACCGGAGAUAAUGUGAACACGGCCCGAUCAAUUGCCACAAAGUGUGGUAUAUAUAAAACUGGCGAAGACUGGCUUGUAUUGGAAGGAAAAGAAUUUAAUCAACGAAUUCGUGAUGCUAAUGGCAAAGUUCAACAGCAUUUAUUGGAUAAUGUGUGGCCUAAAUUGAGAGUAUUGGCUAGGUCAUCGCCAACAGAUAAAUACACACUGGUAAAGGGUAUUAUUGACAGUAAAGUGAAUGAAUGUCGUGAGGUAGUGGCAGUGACCGGUGACGGUACCAAUGAUGGUCCUGCAUUGAAAAUAGCUGAUGUUGGAUUUGCCAUGGGUAUUGCUGGAACAGAUGUAGCUAAAGAAGCUUCAGAUAUUAUUUUGACAGAUGACAACUUCAGUAGUAUUGUUAAAGCAGUUAUGUGGGGUCGUAAUGUGUACGACAGCAUUGCUAAGUUUUUACAGUUUCAGUUAACCGUAAAUUUGGUAGCUGUUAUUGUAGCGUUUAUAGGAGCAUGUGCCGUCCAAGAUAGUCCGCUAAAGGCCGUUCAAAUGUUGUGGGUGAAUUUAAUUAUGGACACGCUGGCCUCGUUGGCGUUGGCCACGGAAAUGCCCACUUCCGAAUUGCUGUUGCGGAAACCCUAUGGCCGUACGAAGCCUCUGAUAUCGCGCACCAUGACGAAGAAUAUCGUCGGCCAGGCCGUCUACCAACUGACCGUCAUCUUCGCACUGUUGUUCGCCGGCGACACGAUGCUGGACAUACCGACCGGCCGUGGAGCCGAAUUCGGCUCGGAGCCCACGCAACAUUUCACCAUCAUCUUCAACACGUUCGUGAUGAUGAUGCUGUUCAACGAGAUUAACGCGCGUAAGAUCCACGGCCAGCUCAACGUGUUCCGCGGACUCUUCACCAACCCGAUAUUCUACGGCAUAUGGAUCGCCACCAUGGUGUCACAGGUGUUAAUCGUUCAGUACGGCAAGGACGCGUUCAGCACCAAGGGCCUCACACUAGAUCAGUGGAUGUGGUGCUUGUUGUUCGGGUUGGGCGCCCUGCUGUGGGCUCAGAUAGUCACCGCUGUGUUGACUCGCAAAUUUCUGAAACUUUUAUCAAUGAAAACGAGAACAAACGUAUUAGUAGCAGCAUGAUCAUAUACACACAUAUAUGAGAUGGAUUGCAACUUUAAUAAUUACCAAUUACAUAAUUUUUGUAUAUAAAAAUAGCUUAAAUUAUAUAAAAGAUUUGUUUUUAAAAAUGCUAUAAUAACCUAAAUAUUUUUUUAAGAAUGUAUGAUAAUUUUAUAUUGUAUGUAAAUUUGUUUGUAACAAAAUAUAAUAUAGGAAAUCGGAUGUGAAUUGUAUCUAUUUCAUGUGCAUUGUGCACUGAAAAUUUACAAUUUAUCGUCUAAAUUUAAUUAAAUCUUAUUUAAAUAAUUCAUUACGUACAACAAUUUAA